CCUCAGGCGCGCCGUAGCCGCGGGGCCCCGGCCGGGAGCUACGCUACGGAGGCGGCGUAGAGCGGGCGCCGGACGCGGGCCGGGUCGGGGCCGGGCCGGGCGCGCGGCUGCUCCGCCACUCAGCGCGGGAGGCCGGCGGCAGAAGUUGUGGAGCGGCCGGCGCAGGCGAGCAGGCCCGGGGCCGCGCCGCCCGGGCCGCGGGGACUGAGGAGGCGCCGCCUGGUUGCGGAGCCCGGCCGCCCUGUCUCCGGCGUGGGCGCCGUCCUCCCUCCAUGCUCCAGCUCGCCCACUGUGGGCCGCGUGUGACCAGGCCCGGGUCUCCGCGCGGCCGCCACCGCGGGGGCCAUGGGGAGCUCCGCCUCCUCGCUGGCCACCGAGACCGAGUCGGACCACGGCUUCCCCGGGGGACCGCCUUACCCCGGGCCCCCUGCAGCAGCCGGCUGGUGUAGGAGCGGCCCUGGGGGGCCUGUCUGGGGUGGUGCCCUGGUCACCCGGCAGCACCAGCCCCCACGUCCCCGGGCCCGAAGCCACACACACUCGCCCGGGUCCAUGGCCACAGUUGGGGAGUGGUCGUGUGCGCGCUGUACCUUCCUGAACCCGGCUGGCCAGCGCCAGUGCUCCAUCUGCGAGGCCCCGCGGCACAAGCCUGACCUCGACCACAUCCUCAGGCUCAGCGUGGAGGAGCAGAAAUGGCCCUGCGCCCGCUGCACAUUCCGGAACUUCCUGGGCAAGGAGACUUGUGAGGUGUGUGGCUUUGCCCCAGAGCCUGUGCCUCGUGCCUCCCUGCUGCCUGUCAUCAACGGGGUCCUGGCGGAGCCCAGGGGCAGCUGCAAGGAGGAAGCCGGUCCCGGGAGGACAGUGGGGCUGGUGUCUGCAGAGCCGGCCCGGGGGCAGCCCGAAGAGGAGGAGGAGGAGGAGGAGGAGGAGGAGCAGGAGGGGGCGGCCGAGCCCGGGAGCGGCUGGGCCUGCCAGCGCUGCACCCUGCACAACACGCCUGUGGCCAGCUCCUGCUCCGCCUGCGGGGGCCCCCGGAAACUCUCACUGCCCAGGAUCCCUCCUGAGGCCCUGGUGGUCCCCGAGGUCGUGGCCCCCGCUGGCUUCCACGUAAUAGCUGCCCCAGCCCAGCCCGGGGAAGGCGCCGAAGCUGACCUUCCCUCUGCCACCGACCAGGAGCCCCCCCGGGCACCCUCCUUCAGCCCCUUCUCGCCCACCCUGCAGAACCACCCAGUGCCUCGUAGCCGCCGUGAGGUGCCCCCCCAGCUGCAGCCACUGGUGCCUGAGGCUCCCCAGCCUUCUUCCUCUGCCGGCUCCAAGGGGCUCCCCCAGGGCCCGGGGCGGACUGCGGCCGGAGCCUCCCGCCUGGCGGAGCUGCUGUCCGGCAAGCGGCUGGGCAUGCUGGAGGAGGAGGCCACCGAGGGCAGCCCGGCACGGCCCCGGUGUGGCUCCUGCUCUGUGCCCGGGCGUUCCAGCCCGGCCCGCUGCGAGGACUGUGGUGCCGCGCCCAGCAGCGACGUCAUUGACCUGGCCGGGGACACGGUGCGCUACAAGCCGGCCAGCCCCUCCAGCCCUGACUUCACCACCUGGUCGUGCGCCAAGUGCACGCUCAAGAACCCCACCGCGGUCCCCAGGUGCACAGCCUGCGGCUGCUCUAAGCUGCAUGGCUUCCAGGAGCACGGCGAGCCCCCCGGCCGCUGCCCCGACUGCAGCGCCGACAGGUCUGGGCCCUGCUCCGCCCACAGGCCUGGCGGCCCCCUCCCCGCGCUGCCCACCGAACGCCCGAGCCAGUGGGCCUGCCCUGCCUGCACUCUGCUCAACACGCCACGGGCCAAGCACUGCGCUGCCUGUCACACGCCGCAGCUCCUGGUGGCCCAGCGCCGGGGCGUGGCGCCCCUGAGGCGCAGGGAGAGCAUACACGUGGAGAAGCGGCGGCAGACAGACGAGGGGGAGGCCAAGGCCCUCUGGGAAAACAUCGUGGCCUUCUGCCGGGAGAAUGGCGUGAACUUCGUGGACGACAGCUUCCCCCCGGGGCCCGCGUCCGUGGGCUUCCCCGUGGGCGACAGCGUCCAGCAGCGUGUGCGGCAGUGGCUGCGUCCCCACGAGAUCAACGGCUCCGUGUCCAGGGACCAGAGCACCUCGUGGUCCGUGUUCCACACCCUCCGGCCCUCGGACAUCCUGCAGGGGCUGCUGGGGAACUGCUGGUUCCUGAGCGCGCUGGCCGUGCUGGCCGAGCGGCCCGACCUGGUGGAGCGGGUCAUGGUCACGCGCAGCCUGUGUGCCGAGGGCGCCUACCAGGUGCGGCUGUGCAAGGACGGCACGUGGACGACGGUGCUGGUGGACGACAUGCUGCCCUGUGACGAGGCCGGCUUCCUCCUCUUCUCCCAGGCUCAGCGGAAGCAGCUGUGGGUGGCCCUCAUCGAGAAGGCGCUGGCCAAGCUGCACGGCUCCUACUUUGCCCUCCAGGCAGGGCGCGCCAUCGAAGGCCUGGCCACGCUCACCGGCGCCCCCUGUGAGAGCCUGGCGCUGCAGGUCAGCUCCACUAACCCCCGCGAGGAGCCCGUUGACACUGACCUCAUCUGGGCCAAAAUGCUGAGUUCUAAGGAGGCUGGGUUCCUCAUGGGUGCGUCCUGUGGGGGGGGCAACAUGAAGGUGGACGAUGCUGCCUACGAGAGCCUGGGCUUGCGUCCCCGCCACGCCUACUCCAUCCUGGACGUCCGCGAUGUCCAGGGCUCCAGGCUCCUGCGCCUCCGGAACCCGUGGGGCCGCUUCUCCUGGAAUGGCAGCUGGUCAGACGAGUGGCCGCACUGGCCGGGGCACCUGCGCAGCGAGCUCAUGCCGCACGGCAGCAGCGAGGGCGUCUUCUGGAUGGAGUACAGCGACUUCAUCAGGUACUUCGACUCCGUGGACAUCUGCAAGGUGCACUCGGACUGGCAGGAGGCGCGUGUGCAGGGCUGCUUUCCCAGCUCUGCCAGCGGGCCGGUGGGGGUAACUGCUCUCACCGUGCUGGAGCGCGCGUCCCUGGAGUUCGCCCUCUUCCAGGAGGGCAGCAGGCGCGCAGACUCGGUGGACAGCCACCUCCUGGACCUGUGCGUCCUGGUGUUCCGCGCGUCGUUCGGCAGCGGGGGCCGCCUGAGCCUGGGCCGCCUGCUCGCCCACAGCAAGCGCGCCGUCAAGAAGUUCGUCAACUGCGACGUGAUGCUGGAGCCCGGCGAGUACGCCGUGGUGUGCUGUGCCUUCAACCACUGGAGCCCCGCCGCGCCGGGCCCCCCGGCCAGCACGCAGGCCUCCAGCCCCUCGGCGGGGGUCCCGCGCUGCAGCCCGCAGCCGCCCGGCCACGUGCUGGCCGUGUACAGCUCGAGGCUGGUCAUGGUGGAGCCCGUGGAGGCCCAGCCGACCACGCUGGCCGACGCCAUCAUCCUGCUCACCGAGAGCCGGGGCGAGCGGCACGAGGGACGCGAGGGCAUGACCUGCUACUACCUGACGCACGGCUGGGCAGGCCUCAUCGUGGUGGUGGAGAACCGGCACCCCAAGUCCUACCUGCACGUGCAGUGUGACUGCUCCGACAGCUUCAACGUGGUGUCCACGCGCGGCAGCCUGCGCACGCAGGACAGCGUGCCCCCGCUGCACAGGCAGGUCCUGGUGAUCCUGUCCCAGCUGGAGGGCAACGCGGGCUUCUCCAUCACCCACCGCCUGGCGCACCGCAAGGCUGCGCAGGCCUUCCUCAGUGACUGGACAACCUCCAGGGGCACCCACAGCCCCCCUCUCACGCCCGAAGUCGCUGGCCUGCAUGGCCCCCGGCCUCUGUGACCACCCCACCUUCCCAGCCCCCCCCACGCGCACUUUAUGAGGGAGACCCCAACAGAGGACGCUUGAAUCAGAAUCUCAGGACCCCGCCCAGGGAGCCACUAGCUGUAGUAGCUUCCCCUAGGCCUUCCUCCCCGCUCCUCCCUCCUGCCCAGAG